CUCUCUCUCUCUCUCUCUCUCUCUCUUCUCUCUCUUUGCAAUUCCUUUCGCUGUUACUGUGAGAUAGAAAUGGCGAGGACGAAGCAAACAGCAAGAAAAUCCACCGGAGGAAAAGCUCCCCGUAAGCAGCUUGCAACUAAGGCAGCUCGUAAGUCUGCCCCAGCGACCGGAGGAGUGAAGAAACCCCACCGAUUCAGGCCUGGAACAGUAGCGCUUCGUGAGAUAAGAAAGUAUCAGAAGAGUACUGAGCUUUUGAUCCGAAAGCUUCCCUUUCAGCGUCUGGUUCGUGAGAUUGCUCAGGAUUUCAAGACCGAUCUCCGAUUCCAGAGCAGUGCUGUUUCUGCUCUCCAAGAGGCUGCUGAGGCCUACCUUGUGGGUCUCUUUGAGGAUACUAACCUCUGUGCUAUUCAUGCUAAGAGGGUCACUAUUAUGCCCAAGGAUAUCCAGCUUGCUCGUAGGAUUCGUGGUGAAAGGGCUUAGCGAUGAUGCCAUUGUUGUGGUGUAAAUUUGUGGAUCUUUGGUGUUGAAAUGACUAGGGUUUGAGGUCUCU